CCCUGAGGAGGCUGAGGCUCACAGGACACACACUCACCCAUCAGUGCAAUGCCCAGCGGCACGGCCAGCACCAACGGAGUCAUGCCCGAGCUGAAGAAAUCAGGAAGAAAAGCCUCAAAGGCUGCAAUCGCUACUGAGGAGCUGCCUCCAUAUGAGCCCGACAUUCCUGAGCCCACCACCAGGGCAGAGCUGAUGAAAUACUGGAUGUCUCUCUCCCUGGAUGACAGGACUGCUCAGAAGCUGCUGUGGCUCUCUGAGGGGGGUGCCAAAGUGUCCCGCAUGUCAGAGGAGGUGUGUCCUGUCCUGGACAGACCUGAAAGAUAUGAACACUCCCCACAGGUUCUGUGUAAGGAGGGUCUGCUGGGCUGCCGUGGGUACUGGGAGGUGGACUAUGAGGGCUGGGUGGUGAUUGGGGUGGUGAGCGAGAGCGCAGGGAGAAAGGCUAAGGACGGCCCCUGCGGCCUGGGAGAGAACGACAUGUCGUGGGGAGUCGGCUGGGCAGGCUCCUGCUACCACGUCUGGCAUGAUGGGGAGAACGUGGAGAUCCAGGGAAGCUUAUCCAACACCAUCGGCAUCUACCUGGACCAGCCUGCCGGCAUACUGUGCUUCUAUAUGGUGGAGAAAACGGAGGGAGGGGCCAAAGAGGUCCGGCUGCUGCACCAGUUCAAAACCACCUUCAAGGAAAUGGUGUUCCCAGGCUUCUGGGUCGGCCGCAAGUCCUACUGCGUGAUCAUGAAGAAGGAUCAGUAAGAGAAUAAGGAGGGAGGAGGAAUGGAAGAGGGUGGGUGUGAAGAGAGUGGAGAGAGAGGAAUGAUGGGUGGGAAAGCGGGGUGGGGAGGGGGUCCGGGUCAUUCAUUUGACUCACCUUAAGGUGUUGAAAGCAAUAGAAUGGGGAAAAUAAUCAAACUUAGACAGGUUUGGGGUCUGAAAUUUGCUUCUUUAGUUUUACACUGGAGCUCUGAGGCUAAUGUAGCUAACAAUUAAUGAAAGUUUAUAUGGUUCUUUAAGGGUUCUUUAGUAGAGAAAAUGGUUGUAUAUAGAACC